CUGCCCUCGUUAUCCUAGGGUUCUGCUCAGCGGGAAUCUCUUUCGAUUCUUUUCCAAACAUCUUAAUGUUUAGCUAUCAUCAAUGGCGAAGGAAGCUCAGGGUUCUGCUUUAGUUGAUCCUCUCGCCAACUAUUGGGGACUCUCCCUCUUUCCUCAGACAUCCAGCGUGCAGCCCAAUCCUUCAAGGCCCUAUAACCCAGACGUAGACCUUGACACCAUCCACAAUCAUCUCAGAUCCAUGGCCUUGGGAAGUCCCAGUAAACUUCUGAAGCAGGCUAAGUCCAUAAUAGAUGGUAAUCCAGGACUAAUCAACGCUGAAGUAUUCGGUGAUUCAGCAUCUUAUGAGAUAAAUGAUGUUGUUUCGGAAGAAGCUCCGGAGAAUCCACGAGAACGGAGGCCGGCAUUAGGCCACAAGCGUGCCCGUUUCUCUUUGAAGCCAAAUAGAAAUCAUCCUAGUGAGAUUUUGAAACCAAGUAUUGACAUUGAUAAUCUGAAAGAUCCAGAGGAAUUCUUCAAGGCCCAUGAACGGUUAGAAAAUGCAAAAAGAGAAAUACAGAAGCAAAUGGGCAAUGUAUUGUUUGAAUCAAACGAGAACCAUGCAUCCACUAAUGCACGGCAACGUCGUCCUGGACUCAUGGGGAAUAACCAGAGGAGGUCAGUCAGAUACAGACAUCGGUACUUAAUACAAACUUCUGACCAUAAGGAGAGUAUCCUAUCAUCUCAAAAGACACAUGAAUCUGGCGGCCUUGAUGCUGUUCGUGAGAGCCCGGAAAAAGCUGAGGCUUAUCUUGCAUCACCGAGGAGUGAACUAGCUGAUUCAUCUGCCAUAAAAGAGAACAACCACAAUAACAUAUUGGAUGAAUUGCUACAUAACAGCGAAGAUCUAGAGGAAGAUCAAGCAAUCACUCUUUUGCAGGAGAGCUUACAGAUCAAACCCAUUGUUUUAGAGAAGUUAUCCAUUCCAAACUUGCCUGAAAACCGAGUGACUGAAUUGAAAACUUUUGUAGGGAACUUGUCAAAGCCAAGGAAGCCUUUAAUGGACAUAGAUAAUUUGUUUAGAGAGAUGAAUAAUGUAACCCCUGAAAAGCCUAGACAGAAUGUAGGAAACCCUUGGCAGCAAUUAGCAUCACCAACCCCACCAAGAAGUCCAUUUGCUCUAUUGGCAUCAUUGCAGAAGCGUCUUUCACAGUCAAAGCCAUCUGUUGAUUCAUUUUCUGCUCUUGAUGGUACACAUUCAUCCACAAAAAACCCUUCUCAAAUUGAUAUGACCGAACAGAGACUAAAUCUCAUUGAUGAUGGGAAGCCAUCUGAUAAAUUAAAUGAACCUUUAAUCAAAGAUAAUCAGAGUUUAGCCAUGAAAACUGUCAGCAAUUUUGCCAUGACUUCUGAAAUAUCUAGGGAAGACAAUUUGGGGAAACAUGCUUUUGGCACUAAUAUUGACUCAGAGCAUUCCCGCCUUGAUCUAGAGGUGGAUGCUAAAGGUGGAAUUAUGGAAAAGGCUAUCAAUGACAUAGUGAGCAUGCUAAAUUCGGCGGCAAAUGACCCUCGUAAAGAAGACACUGUCAGAACUUGUGCCAAUACUUCUGAAAGUUCCAAGGAAGUUAAUCCAACUGAACCUGCUUUUGCUACUGAUGUUGACUCAAACAAGUCUCAUGUUAAUGUGGAGGCAUAUGUAGGUAACCAAUUUGUGGGUGAUACAACUAGCAGGGCAAAUUAUGAGGCAAAUGAGCCCCUUAAAUUGAUGGAGGACACUGUCAGAACUUGUGCUGGUACUUAUCAAAACUCCAAGGAAGAUACUUCAACAGAACCUGCUUUUGGUAUUAAUAUUGAAUCAAAUCAAUCUCAUGCUGACAUGGAGUUAGAUGUUGGAGGUAGUGAUGUGGGUGGCCAGUUUGUGGUUGAUACAAUAAGCAGGAACAAUGAGGUAAACGAAUCCUAUAAAUUAAAGGAUGACACUGUCAAAACUUUUUCCAGUACUACUGGAAACUCCAAGGGAGAUAAUUCCAGCGAACCUGCUCUUGGCUCAAAUGUUGACUCAAAUAUAUCUCAUGUUGACAUGGAGGUUGAUGUUGGAGGCAGUGAUGUGGGUAACCAGAUUGAUCAUGAUACAAUAAGCAGGGCAAAUGAACCUGGUGAAUCUGCAGACAAAGUACAGGUGCCGGAUGUGGUGUAUUCUGAACAAACAUCUGUUCCUGAGUUCAACGUAGUGAAUCCACAAGAUCAAUCGGGCAAUGCUUUCUUUGACGCCAAUUCUGGGGAUGGAAACAUCAAUACUUCAGAUGAUGGUCCAGGACAAAAUUCACAGGUACAGGAAAAUAUAGGCGAUUCCCAAGUUCCACUAAAUGAGCAAAGAAAAGUUAAAUCACGAAAACGCAAAGACAAAGGACUUUCUCGAAGGCAGAGCCUUGCAGUGGCUGGUACAUCGUGGAAAUCUGGGGUAAGGCGAAGCACUAGGAUCAGGUCAAGGCCUCUGGAAUACUGGAAAGGAGAGAGGCCUGUGUAUGGUCGUAUACAUGAGAGUUUGGUAACUGUGAUUGGGGUGAAGUGUUUGUCUCCUGGAACUGCUGAUGGAAAGCCUAAAAUGAAGGUGAAAUCUUAUGUUGCUGAAAAGUACAAAGGGCUCCUGGACCUAGCUUCUCAAUAUUGACAGUUUUGUAAUGAGAGUAAUUUCUAGUACGUCCUUGCUUAGUAUGUAUCAUGCACUAUAUAAUCAAAGGUGCUGUAAAAGAAGCCACGUGGCAAUUGAAUUUCAUGUUUAGCCA